AUGGCUGCCAAACAAGCAGCAGUCAGUCUCACUGAGACACUCCCCGUCCGAUUACGAAACUUCUUUGCCCGUUAUCCUCCCCAAUUCUACUCCGCAGCCGCAAUCCCCAAACCCACACCACCCGCCGACGCAACUCUCCCCUCCGCCGCUCCAGUCCCCUACACUCCGUCCCGUAGCGCGAAACCCUCCAAAGCAGCCGAAUUGGCCAAAGGUCAAUUCUCAAUAACCGACUCCAUCCUCCGGUCGAGCGCAGAAUACCCGAACCCUUUCCUCCCACAUAAAAGCCCCGAGACCGGUCACUGGCGCGGAGCGGUUGUGUCGCUCCGCCGACAAAAUGAGCUAGUCAAGCUAGCGCAAAGAUUUGGCGUAGAGGAGCUACUACCGCCGGGACGGAAGUCGUCAGAAUAUCGUGAGGCGAAGGUGGUUGAGAAGGGAUUGAGGAUUAAGGGUACCGGUAUUGGGCAGAAGGUUAAGGGUCAUAAGUGGGAGAGAACAAUGCAGGGCAGGCUGGAAGAGAGAAGGAAGGCGAUGUUAGAGAUGCCUGAGAUGAUCAGGUUAUGGAAACAGCGUGGUCACGGAAGAGGAUGGAAAAAAUAUCCUCGAAAAUAA